ACCCCAAGACAAAGCUAAUUAUUCAUCCAAACCAAAACCAAAAAUCAAACAGAGAGAGAAAGAAAGAAAAAAAAUGGCCGCAACCGCAACAACAGAAUUGAUCCCAGCAGGAGAAGUGAUCGCUUGCCACACCGUUGAGGAAUGGACCGAGAAGCUCAAGGCCGCUAGAGAAUCCAACAAACUCAUUGUGAUUGACUUCACAGCAACGUGGUGCCCACCAUGCCGUUUCAUUGCACCAGUCUUUGUCGAGUUCGCUAAGAAGCAUCUUGAUGUGAUCUUCUUCAAAGUCGAUGUCGACGAACUCCAGAGUGUUGCUCAGGAAUUCAAGGUUGAGGCGAUGCCUACAUUUGUGUACCUGAAAGGAGCAGAGCAGGUCGAUAAGGUGGUUGGUGCUGCUAAAGACGAGAUCGAAGCCAAGCUGCUAAAGCACUCUCAAGUUGCUGCAGCUUGAUGAUGCGUCUUCCUCUACUUAUUUGCUAGUAUGUUUGGUGUAUUAAUAAAUCCCUUAUUGAGACUUUUCACUUGAAUCAUCUUCCCUUGUGUGGUGGUUGUGCUUACAUGCCCUUUGGGUGUGUGAAUAAAAUGUUUGCAAACUUUAUAAGCUAUGGUUAUUUUCAUGUUUAGUUGUCUUUUUAACUCUUUUGAGGUUAUUGUGUUAUGUUAAAAUUUCAGUAUUCUGUUAAAAUUCCAAUCAAACAAACACACAAAACAAAUCAGUAAGAGGUACUAAGCUUUAUGCAUAAGCUAUUAAUGUUACAACUGAUAUUUGAUUUGCACGAGAAAACUGAUACUGAUUUGCCCGAGCUAACAGCACCUUCGUAAUUGCAAACAUGAACCUUUUUGUGUUUCUUUACUAGCUCAGGAUUCAUGAUGAAGUUUUGCAUAGUUGAAGUUCAUUUACCCAUUUUAAAUUUAAUAGGCUUUGGUUGUAUUUGUAUUUGUUGGUCUGAUAAGCUUGUAACUCAAAUGCGUAGGAGUUUUUAGAUCUUUACUUGUGCAGUUCAUAUUCCUAAGAACUGAACAAAUUAUUUUCCCAACGGUCUACGCUUCGAAUUUUAAUGAUUGAAAGGUGAUAGAUAUGGAGAUUCAACACAUUUGUCAUUUCAUUAAUUCCACUGGCAAACAGCACAAGAACAUACAAGAUAUCACGGAGUGUUUGAAUAGUACCGUCAUGUUUUGUUUAUGUAGAUUAUGAACCAGUACUCUCUUUUUUUUGUCAACAAAUUGUUGUUUACUGCGUCGUUUUAUGUUGUUGACAAGAAGAAUCACACAACCAAUUUCUUGAAAAUUUUCCAUUUUAUAGGUUGCUGACUUUCACUUUCACACCACAUCAAUGACAAGC